AUGCGUGCAUUUCAGCGCUGCCACCCGGCUUUCUUUGGCAGUCAACCUCGUCUUUUUGUCCCGUCGCCCUUGUCGCAAGGCUUGAAACGAUCAGCGUCGCUUGCUUUGCCGCAAAUUAGCCCAGCGCCCUGGCCCUAUCACAGACUAUUCCACCACAAUCACAGUAGACCUGGCUCCACGGUUCACUUCAAACAGCCAAGGCACGCAUCGUUUGGUUGGGGAAUAGUUGGCCUCACGUGUGUGAUUGGCGGCGCUGCAGCAUACCAGUUACUAUUUUCCACCACAUCUGAAAAGGAGACUUCUCCCCUGGAUAGUUUCAACCAGGAGCAACGACACCAGGAGUAUCACGACGAUUUUACUGGAAUCAUUGACACACUCAAAAUGAAUUCACACGAGAUCCCAGAUGGCCAUCUUGGUAACCUCACAAAGGAGCAAGAGGCUAAGCUCCGAGAAAUGUGGACAAUUUUGUUGAAUUUGUUCGGCCUCAAAUUUGAAGGUAGUCAACUAGAAAAGGCACCCACCAACCAAACAGAGAGCUCCGACUCAAAGAAGAAAUCGAGGCGUGGCUUCUUCGGCUUUGGGGGCGCUAAGAAGGAGGAACCAGCUACACCAGAUGUCGGGGGUUUAACUUUAUCAGACCAUGACGACAAGUAUGGACAGAACAAAGAUUUUAAACAGGCCUUGGUCAAUAUCACACCUGAGCAAUUGCGUGAUGGUAUGUGGACUAUGCUCAAGGCCGACCACCCAGAUGCUUUUCUUUUAAGAUUUCUACGUGCCCGGAAAUGGGAUGUCCAUAAAGCGGUCGUCAUGCUUGUAUCCACCCUGCACUGGCGUCUUGUAGAAAUGCACGUUGAUGAUGAUAUCAUGGAGGGAGGCGAAGCAAAAGCAAUAGAACAGUCGGAAAGCCCCGAUCAUGACACCAAGAGAUUGGGCGCCGACUUUAUAGAACAGGCACGCAUGGGCAAGAGUUAUAUUACUGGAAUAGACAAGCAAGGACGACCAAUUUGCCUGAUUCGUGUCAAGAUGCAUAAGAUUGGUGUCCACUGCGAGAAGAGUAUCGAAAGAUAUACGGUUCACAUGAUCGAGACUGCUCGAUUGAUGCUCCCACGGCAUAUUGAAACUGCAGUGAUUCUGUUUGAUAUGACCGGCUUCACAUUGGCUAAUAUGGACUAUGCUCCCGUCAAAUUUAUCAUUAAAUGCUUCGAAGCCAACUACCCAGAGUCCCUCGGUGCCGUGCUCAUCCACCAAGCACCAUGGAUAUUUUCAGGGUUCUGGAAGAUCAUUAGGGGAUGGCUCGAUCCUGUUGUCGCCGGCAAGGUUCAUUUCACGAAUACCACCGAAGACCUAGAACAAUUUAUCGACCGCAGCCGUAUCUUGAAAGAGCAUGGUGGUGAAAACGAAGCCAUUUUUGAAUUUAUUGAAGUCCAACCAGGCGAGAACGACGUCAUGAAAGACACCGCUGAACGCGAAAAGGUCCUUGCCAAGCACAAAGCCCUUGCAAUGGAAAUUCAAGAUGCAACGAAGCACUGGAUCGAGGCCGCAAACAGGAAUGAUGAAGCAGGCGUUGAUUCAUGGAAAGUUAAGAGAGAAGAACUUGCUGCAGAAUACUCGAAAGGAUACUGGGAUAUCGACCCAUAUAUCCGUGCUCGCUCUGUAUAUGACCGCAACGGAGUGAUCCUAGGUGGCGGGAAGGUCAAAUUCUACUCUGAACGUGACCCCAAGGAUACAGCAGCCACUGGGAUAAUAACUACCGCCGACACUGAGAAGAAGGCUGAAAUUGCCGUCACUUCGGAGGUUAACGGAGUAGAGGCUGCUGCUGCCGCUGUUUCUGUUUCCGCCAAUUGA